CCUUGCUUAUAUAUUGCUUUCGAGCAAUCUGAUAGCUUAGGCAGGCUAUCGUGUUUUUAACAUUGUGCGAGUGUGUUCAGCCUACUGCCUUGCACGCUCCACAUUUUGCUGGCCCUUCAAGGGCCUGUCCAUUACACCAUCUCACCAUCUGUGCAAACAUUCCUCUUCCACAGCUUCUACUCAUGCUGUGGACCUUAAUAUGCUUGCGACUCUCGACAAUUUCAAGGAAAUUAUGCGAGAUGAAGAAUUUUACAAAUGCACCUGGCAGAAGCGCGUUCAACCGUGUUGAGAGAAGAAGGGCACCUUUAAGCCGGGAAUUAUCUGGACUUAUACUUCCGCAUGAUUCUUAUGGAAAUCAUUUGGAUGAACAAGGAAGAACAAAAGAUCAUGAUCUUGAAAAAAAGAACUUUCAGAAGGCUGCAGAAGUUCUCUCAGAAGUAUGGAAGAAAAUGGUUAUCGACGGCCAUGACGUUGUAGCAGAGUAUGUAGAGCCCGAUGACAAGGCUGAAAGCUUUGUUCCAGACCUGCCUUCUCCACAGUGGUGUAGCGAGCAUGUGCGAGAGAGCCAGUAUUUGCUUCAGGUGUUGAAGUGUGAUGGCCGCGCUUGCUGUGGACAUGUGCGGAGUUCUCUUCGAUCCAUUUUGCCGGAAUGCUUCAUGAUAUCUCCUUACCCAAUUUUGCAGUCGUCUAGUGGCCUGUGUAUACUAAAGCCUCAAGAGCAUGAUGGCAAAACGAUUGCUACAUUUCUUUUGCGUCUGUCUCUUGGAAUCUCCCCAACGCAUAAUGGCUUUAACAAAAUGCCCUAUGAUCUGUAUUGCCCUAGUCUGCAAAAGGAUCGUCAGCAACUUUUGGAAAGGACGUGUCAGUGGUGUGGUUUGUAUUUCUGUACAAAGAAGAAAGUCAAAGAACACGUAAAUUCAUGUCACAAGCAGUGUAGAAAUAUUAAUAAUAGUGUAGAGAUGCACAAUGUUCAUCCUUCACGCAUUCUCACGCGACGAUCGAACGCCAGAUCGAGAGAAAUUCUCUGCGUUGUGCCUGAAAAUGAUGACACCGAGUGGCUCGAUGAAAGCGAAGUGGAUUUUCAACAAAACACAGCGCCAACAACUGACCUGCAAGAUGCCUAUCCAGUUGUUAGUGUUGAAGAAAGUCUUGCAAAUCCGUGGUCCGAGGACAAUAUAUAUUAAAUAUGUUCAUGGACUAGUGUAAUACUGUGUAAUAGUGUAUAUAUAAUAUAGUGUAA